GUGGGGGAGGUGCUGGCAAGAGAAAGAACUUGCGUGAGGAGGAGAAACCAAAUUGAAUAAUAUUUAGCGUGGAUUUUUUUUUUUUGGUAUCUUCAAAUCAAGUAAAGUGAAAUUGGUCAAUAUCCCCCCUCCCCUCGACAAGUGAGGAUUACUUCCUCUCUGAGUAAAUGAAGAGCAUUGAAGCAGAGACGUAGCGUUCCGGGGACUCCACUGCCGCCGCGUGGGCAGAAACCUGCCACACCUCGACAGGAUCUCCUCGCCAGGGAGGAAGAAUAUAAGCGUUUAAAUGCAGAAUUGGAGGCAAAAACAGCUGACCUGGUUCGACAAGCUGAGGAAGUAAUAAGAGAUCAGCAAGAGGUACGAGCCAGGUCUUUUUCAACACAAAAUAAAUCAUAUGAAGAGAAAGAUGAUUUUAAUACAAGAGGUCUAUUAUCGUCUGAAGAAAUAGUUCAUCUGCAUUCAGAAAGUAAGCCAAAGACCAAAAAUAUUGGUUCUGUAAACAAGGUUCAAAACAAACUGCACUCUGCAAAUAAAGGAAUUAAAACAAAUUCAAGUGUUAAAUUGAAAUACUCGGAUAUACAAAUUGCUGAUGAUGUUGCCAUUCCAGAGGAUUUCUCAGACUUUUCUCUUUCGAAAACCAUUAGCAAAAUUGAAGGGCAACUGGAGGAAGAGGGCUUACCUGAAGAUGAUGACAUUUUCUCCGGUGUGAGUAAAGACAUUGGAACAGAGGCACAGAUCAGAUUUCUAAAAGCCAAACUCCAUGUUAUGCAGGAGGAAUUGGAUAAUGUUGUAUGUGAAUGCAAUAAAAAGGAAGAUGAAUUGCAGGAUUUAAAGUCUCAAGUAAAAAACCUUGAAGAAGAUUGUGUGAGACAGCAACGAACAAUUAAUAUGCAACAUUCCCAAAUAGAAAAAUAUAAAAAUCUUUUUGAAGAAGCAAAUAAAAAAUGUGAUGGAUUAGAACAACAGUUGACUUUAAUAGAAAGGGAAUUAGAAAAUAAAAGACGACUACAAAAACAGGCUGCCUCUACCCAAAGCACCACAAAAGUCCGCUUGAAUAGAGCCCUAGAAGAAGCAGAAAAGUAUAAACUGGAGUUAAGUAAAUUAAGACAAAACAACAAGGAUAUAGCAAAUGAAGAACACAAAAAAAUUGAAAUGUUAAAAUCAGAAAACAAGAAGCUAGAAAAACAAAAAGGAGAAUUAUUGAUAGGGUUUAAGAAACAAUUAAAAUUAAUUGAUGUUUUAAAAAGGCAGAAGAUGCACAUUGAAGCUGCCAAGAUGCUAUCUUUCACUGAAGAAGAAUUUAUGAAGGCACUUGAAUGGGGCAAUUCAUGAAUGAUCUACUUCAAUUAGUCUGUAUAACUUAAAAAGUUAAAACUUUUUAAUUUCACAAAAAAAAUUAGAUGUGGGGAUAUAAAACUUUUUCUCAUAUGUAAUUAUUAAUGAAAAAGGAAAUAUUGUAUAAAAUAAAGCAGCAAGAAUUUUUUAAUCUAUUUCUUACGACCAUUUUUAAUUUUUUUCUUAGGACCUUUUUGAUAUUUUACAACUACACUUAAAAAUAUUUUACAUCCUGGGAGAUGGAGCAAAUGGUAGAAUAGGACUCUCCAGUGAUCCUUCCACAGGUGUAAUAUUUGGCACCCGAAACCUACAGGCACUGAGGUCUGUCUGCCUACUGAUGAGGUUUGUACAUAAUCUAAGGCUGCUGCGCUGGCUAGCAGACUUGUCUGUCUUGCAGGGACUGUGAACUCCUAAAUGGCACUAGGAGUCAAGGGGACAUCUGCCCAGUGUAGGGUUUUACUGAAGUGGGCCUGCUAUAAGUGCUCCUAAUACCACCAGAGCCAAUGAGGGCUGUAAUGGUGGAAUAUAUAAAUCACGUAUGUUUAGUAUGAAGAAGGUUUAUUGGCAAAAUUAAAAGUAUUAAUUUGUUAAUCCUGAGAUGUAUAUAGGCACAAAGAUGUAAUCUGACAUCAAAUAUAUAAAGUGGAAAUAUACAGCAAUCUUAUGUGAUCAAAGUUAUCAGUUUAACAUAAUAACCUGUUUUAUAAAAGUCUCUCUUUAAUAAUCACAAAGCAAAAGCCUGUAGUACACUAAAAAUAAAAAGAAUCAAAUCAUACAAUUAUGAUAAUGGAAUGUGAUGGACAUUAUUACAUGGAUGAAAACAAAAA